CGGUCCAAACUGUCUACUCUUCGGACUCUCUUUGGUCUUCUCUCUCCACCGCUUGAGCUAAGCUGCUGGUUCUGCAAUCCCGCCAUGAAAAAAGGAAGAAAAGAAAAGGAUUUCCAACUUAAACGGGAAUGGAUUGUUAAACCUCACAAUCGUGACCAAAAUAUCCCACAACGACCCAAUCCAGAAAACUUAUCUGUCCUCGUUUCUCCUAAAGAAAACCCCGAUUCCUCAGCUGUACCCACUUCGGAUUUUGCCGCAAAGGCCCCAACAGUACAGUUGAAUCGUCCGUAUUCUAAUGGGCUUAAUCGUAACCGGAUUACCGUCAAAAGUCCGGCUGUCGAUGCCCCUGAAGAAGGUAAUUCUGUUCCGAGCAAGCAAAAAGAGGAAGAGGUAGAAGAAGAGAAAUUGAAAGAUGGACAAGCGUCUGUUUCGACGAGCAAUUCGAAUGAUCAAUCAAUUGAGGAUUGUGAUUUAUUUAAGGAGGAUAACAGUAUUGAGAGUCGACUGGGAGAGCUCCAAUUGAGUACUGAAGAGCCCGAAUUAUCAGAUGAGCAGCUGAGAAUCAAUGACCAGUUGCAAGAGGAAGAGUUAUUGGCAAUGGAGGCCAUAUAUGGGGAGAAUGUUUUCAUCCUUAACAGGAAGGAGGGCUUACGUUCUUUUCAGAUCCAUAUACAUAUUGAAUCUCCUCAUGAACUCACUGUAUUUGCAAAGCUUAAUUCCUCCAAUGAAAAGUUGAAAUUUGGAGGAAAAGGUGGUGACCCCAUUACUGCAAGCAGUGCUUCAGAUGAGUUUUCAUACACAUUCAAAGUCCAACAUCUCCCACCAAUUAUUUUGGCAUGUUUAUUACCCAAAUCAUACCCGAGCCAUACCUCUCCUUAUUUUACCAUCUCAAUACAGUGGUUGGAUUCUGCAAAGAUAGCCAGUCUUUGUAGCAUGCUAGAUUCAAUAUGGAUGGAACAACCAAAGCGGGAGGUUAUAUACCCAUGGGUGGAAUGGCUGUGCAGCUCUUCUCUUUCUUAUUUAGGGUUUGAUAAAGAAAUAGUCCUUGGUGCCUAUGACAUGCAAGAUACCGGAGACAGGCGUGCAAUUUCAGGAAUUAUAUCACCAGAUGUUGUUAUUCCUUCAAUUAUGAGUUAUAAUGCUGAAAAAUGCCAUGUAAAUUUUCUUCAAGAUUUACAUGAAUGCUGCAUCUGUUUUAGUGAGUUUGCAGGCACAGAGUUUGUCAAAUUACCAUGCCAGCAUUUCUUCUGCCGGAAAUGCAUGAAGACUUAUUUGAACAUGCAUGUAAAGGAAGGCACCAUAAACAAGUUGCUCUGCCUUGAUGCAAAAUGUGGAGGUCCAGUCCCACCUGGACUGUUGAAACUGCUGCUUGGGGAUGAAGAGUUUGACCGUUGGGAGUCCUUACUGUUACAGAAAACACUUGACUCGAUGUCUGAUAUAACCUAUUGCCCAAGAUGUGAAACAGCCUGCUUAGAAGAUGAUGACCAGCAUGCUCAGUGCCCCAAGUGCUUUUUUAGCUUCUGUAGUCUUUGCAGAGAGCGGCGUCAUGUAGGAAUAGCAUGUAUGACACCAGAAAUGAAGUUUCGAAUUUUGCAGGAGCGACAGAAUUCAUCUCAGAUCAAGGAUGAACAAAGGCGCAGGGAACGUGAAAUGAUUAAUGAGAUUCUUAGUGUGAAGGAAAUACUUCAUGAUGCAAAGCAAUGUCCAUCUUGCAAGAUGGCAAUCUCUCGAACUGAAGGUUGCAACAAGAUGGUAUGCCAGAACUGUGGACAGUUCUUUUGUUACCGUUGUAACAAGGCAAUUGAUGGAUAUGAUCACUUCAGAGAUGGAACUUGUGAACUUUUCCCACGUGAAAUGAUCCAAAUCUGGGUGGAACAGAUGAAUGAACGUCGGUUGUUAGGUCAGGUACAAGCCAAGCUCUUUGCAGAUCGCCGUCACUCAUGCCCUAAUUGUGGUCAAAUGAAUGCAAAGGUAGGAAACAACAACCACAUCUUUUGUUGGUCCUGUCAAAACCACUACUGCUACUUGUGUCGGAAGAUUGUCCGGCGCAGCUCUCAGCAUUAUGGGCCCAGAGGUUGCAAGCAACAUUCAGUGGGAUGACUCAAAGGAGCUGCACCCAACUGUGUGGAGGAAUGAUUUUCAGCCAUAUGGUCCCAGUAACAUUGGCAUCAGCAGACGGUUAAUUAUAUAUCAAGAAAAAAUCAGUCAUCUCAUCAGAUAACGGAUGGCAAAUUCUGAUAGAGCAUACCCUUUUUACUCGCAGGUCCAAGUCCAACACCAUAGGAUCUCAUAUUGGUCUAAAGCCUAAAGCAAUA